AAAAGUAACUAGUCCCAUCUCUAGCCACCGAUCAGCUGUUUGCAAACAAAAUAUUGGCGUUCUAAUUAGUUAUUGCUUCGAUGUUAGUGCAUUAAUGGACUGCUGCGGCAACGAAGUGCGCAGCGAGAGUAUCUACAACAUGCUACAGGCCCUGGUGGACUCGAAGGUGAUCGACGUGCAGCUUUUGUCGAUUGCCGUGGGCAUUUUCUUCGUGGUCAUGCUGCUGAAAAACAAUUUUCGCAGCUUUUCUGUCACGUAGAUGGAUCCAGUUUAGUGUUUAAUAUAUCUCAUAAUGUAAUGUACACUAAGGACUAAUAAUAACUACCAAAAGCCACCUUG